CUUUGAUUCACUUAAGUGCGUGGACUUACUUGCAGAAGUUUUAGGUUAAAAAAUUAGUUAAAUAAGAAUGUCGGCACACGAACAAAUGCGACUAAUGCUAGAUGAACUGAUGGGAACCUGUCGUAAUGGAGAAGAUCAGAGAAAGAAAAAACUUAUGUUCUAUAGUUCAGAAGUCUGUAAAAGUUUCUUGUUGAAUAGUUGUCCGUAUGACAUUUUGUCUGCUACACGGUGUGGAUUAGGAGAAUGUCCUAAAGUGCAUGAUGUAGCAUUAAGAGCAGAUUAUGAAAGUGCCAGAAAAAAAGAAGAAUAUUAUUUUGAAGAGGAGGCUGUGAAACAGUUAAGAAAUUUUAUUGCUGAAAGUGAGAGACGUACUCAAGUUGCCAAACUAAGGCUUGCUGGCACCCAAGAAAUGUUAAAUGCCAAAGAAGCUUUUAAAUUGCAGAAAACUCAAAUAUUGGCUGAUAAAAUUGAUGAAACUCUUUCAAGAGCUGAACAUUUAGGGAUAAAUGGCAAUUUAGAAGAAUCUUUGAAGUUGCUAGAGGAGGCUGAGAAGCUGAAAAAAGAAAAGGAAAAAGCUGAGGCAAACUAUAGAAAAUCAUCUUCAUCAACAGUGGUUCAACAACAGCUGAAACUUAGAGUGUGUGAAGUUUGCUCAUCCUAUCUGGGCAUGAAUGAUAAUGACAAAAGAUUGGCAGAUCAUUUCAAUGGAAAACUUCACCUUGGUUUCAUGCACAUCAGGGAAAAGCUUGAAGAAUUAGAGGGUGUGAUUGAAGAAAGGCAUAUUAGUCGAGUUCUUGAUAAUGAGUUUAGUCAGAGGGAGAUGCAUUCAUCAAGAAGUAGAAGCCGUAGUCCCUGUUUCCAAGAUAACCAGCAAUAUAAAAAACUUAAAUAUCAUCAUGAUAGUGAUAAAGAAAGAUCAAAGUAUAAAUAUAACCAGCACCAAUAGGCAUGGAAAGUUGACGGGAGAAAUGCAAAAACAAGCAAAGAAAACAUGUGCCUUCUAAAAAUGAAUUAAUAUUGCAGUGGAUGAUGCAGUUGCUCAAUUUUCUUUUGUUUGACCUUUUUUGUUUUAUAUUUUGAAAAACAUUAUUUAAGAAAGAUAUAUAAAAUAAUAUUCAAAUAAAAAGAGUUUUUUGUUUUUUAGGUUAAACUGUUAAAACUAAAUUAAAAAGUCUGUAAUUUAUUGUAAUUUUCCUAUUUAUAAUAUUAUAAAGGUUAUUAUUUAUUAAUGUAUGAAGUCAUUGUAUAUCAAAUUUAC